AUGGGACAUUAUGCCUAUGAGUGUCCUACAAAGAAGAUCGUUCUUCUUAAGGAUAAUGGGGAGUACACAAGCGAUUCUGAUGAUGAUGAUGGAGAGGUAGAAGAGAGUGAUGGCGAGUUGAAACCUAAUGUAGGAGAGUUAUACAUGAUUAGAAGGAUGUGGGAAGGUCAAGUCAAGGCGAGGAUGCAUCUCAAAGGGAGAAUAUUUUUCAUACAAGAUGUUCAGUUAAUGGAUUAUAAAGAUGUGUUUCCAGCAAGUGUCCCUGAUGGUUUGCCACCUUUGAGAGGAAUUGAGCAUCACAUUGAUCUCAUUCCGGGAGCUGCUUUGCCCAAUAGGCCAGCUUAUAGGAGCAACCCACAAGAGACCAAAGAGAUUGAAAAACAAGUUACUGAACUCAUGAGUAAAGGUUGGGUGAGGGAUAGCAUGAGUCCAUGUGCUGUACCUGUGAUUUGGUGCCAAAAAGGAUGGCUCAUGGAGGAUGUGUUCUGA